UUGCACUUUUCAGCUAUGACGGCAUCAAACUCCUCCGCCCACAUGCCCUCAUGUUAUUAAUUCGCUAGCUACUUGUGUUGAAUUUGAAUAUGAGUAUGACCUAACUUUCCUACAUUCUCGAUCUAUGCUGUGCAGGAUGUAUGGGGAGAAUUUGUCAUGGAAUUUAUGCUUCAAUACGUUAGUUCGAUCAAUUCCUUCCCCCUAGCUAGCUACUUUCUCUCUUUCUUAUUAUGAUUUGACUCUUCUGAUGAUGAUUGUUAUUUCUUUAUUAUAUACUAGCUAGCCUAUUUAAGUCUUGCAUUUGCGCGAUUUCAACCUUCAUCUAUGUUAGAUCGAUGUACAUGUUACUGUGUUGUUUAUAGUAAAUAUUUAUACAAGUAUAUUUUUGCACAAAACUCAUGAUACUAAUUACAAUAGUAAAGAGUGAUUGUUCUUCCUCCCCAAGAGUUUUUAUACAAAGAAUUUGUAAGAUCAAAAAAAAUUUUAGUCGAGGGACAGUCCACUUCCCAUUAGCUUAGCACAUCGAUCAGCUUAUACUGAGCUGCACUGCAAUUAUUGACGACUUGAACAGGCUACAACUUAAUUACUCCCCUUGCAGUCAAGAUUAAGGCAUGACAAUUGAUUGACUGUACGUUUCCUCUUCCCUUAACAUGCUAGCUUGUUGCUGUUCGUUUUUAUAGCAUCCUGUUUGGCUGAAAGAGUUUCAAGCUUUCGAGGACAAGGCCAGCGCCCUUAGCCUUGAUACUGGUGUUAGCGAACAGCUUGCAGGCAUGAUCCGGAGGUUUAUCUGUCCUGGGCAGACACUAGCAGUUGGAAAGCAAGAAUAUGUAACUAUCAUUCAAAGUAACUUGGGAAUAAAGUGCCUAUGGAAUGCUGAAGUGAUGGAGUUGAUGUGGGGCCUGAAUAAUCUAAAGGAACAUUUAGUACCUGAUGGAAAAUCAGAGCUGAGUAAAGAGGAUUGCCUCCCGAUGUGUGAAGGGAUGAAAUUUACCCUGAAUAAGUAUGGCUUCGGUGAUCUCAAACCAGAGAUGGUUACUAGAAGUAUCAUUGAGGCGACGGGCCUCUUGUACGAGACUGACUAUCAUGUGAGGAAACAUGGUGAGAGCAUGCGCUAUGCUGGUAAGCACCUGAAGGAGACAUCUGGCAUCAACGCUGAGGAUUGGGACCUGCUGAAACUUGCAACUGCUAUCAUGAUGUUAUGUUACCCUAAUGGUGAAUACAAGUUGGUUGGGAACCUUCCCGAGGUAAAAUCAUAA